UCUUCGCUAAAACCCUAGGACCUAGAAACUUCCAUCCCAAUCGAGAAAGAAAUAGAGCUCAAAAGUUCUGUCUCAACGCAGCAAAACCCUUAAUUUGCAUCCAACGCAAGCAGUAACUAGAUCUUAGCAAUGGCGAAGCGCCUUCUCCCAACCCUAAACCGCGUCCUGGUCGAGAAGAUCGUCCCUCCUGCCAAAACCAACGCCGGCAUCCUCCUCCCUGAGAAAGUAUCCAAGCUGAACUCUGGGAAAGUGGUGGCUGUGGGUCCUGGAGGAAGGGACAGAGAGGGGAAUGCUAUUCCUGUUGCUGUUAAGGAAGGCGACACUGUGCUUUUGCCCGAGUAUGGUGGCACUGAAGUGAAGCUUGGUGAAAAAGAGUAUCUGUUGUUUAGGGACGAGGACAUCUUGGGCACUCUGCAUGAUUAAAAUACUGAAUCAGCCAUUGAUUGGUACGGUCUACUGGGUUUUGUUCUAGAGGGUUAUGGUUGGGGUUUUUAGGUUUUACUCAAGGACGAGGAUGUUAUAGUUAAUGAUUACGAUAAUCCUUGCUUUACCCCUAAUGCUAAUGUUUAUUUGGAAUCAGAUAAAUGUUGGACAUAUUUUCUCUCUAAUUUUUGCUUUAUUGUCAUUCUUUACUUUUAUUAAGUAUGGAAUUACAGUUUGAAAAUGUUUUUCUGCUUA